CGGACUCUGGUCCUCUGCUCUGCGACUCUGAUCUCUGAAGAGUCCUUCUUCUACUUUUCUGCACACUUUGUUUUUUGCAGCUGCCUUUGUUCAGUCUGGCUUUUAGUUCUUUAGUUGAUUCAAAAUGUUAAGCAGCAAACCCCAAAGUUAGUCAUUCUGUGUGUGAAAGAGUUUGUUAUUUGAAAUGAGACAUUUACGUUGACUUGCUCUCCUUCUAAAGACUAGCGUUGGAUCAUUCCCCUCCAAAUAGAUCAUGUUCAGCCUCUGAUGUGAUGAUUUGACAUGUGAAGAGAGGAGAGAGCGGGAAGUGACCAUCAGAUAUCAAUACCAUAUCCACACCAUCAGAUAUGUUUCCAGAGAGACUCCACCUCUCGCUUUACGCUGAUAUAAUGCGAGGACAAAACACGAGAUGCUCAGAAUAAAGAGAGAGAGAGAGAGACAUGGAUCACCUGCUGCUGCUGGUGAUGCUACUGGUCUGUAGCUCAGGACUCCAGGCUGAAGGAGAACUCAACUCAACAGAGCCUGGUGUUAGGCUGGUGGGAGGAGAGAGUCGCUGUGCAGGAGCUCUGGAGCUGGAACAUCAGGGAGAAUGGAGACCAGUGGGGAGCUAUAACUCUCUCUGGACCCUGAAGGCAGCAGGAGUCGUCUGCAGAGAGCUCGACUGUGGCUCUGCUGUUUCUGUGGGACGGAGAGAGGAGUCCUCAAAGAGAGAUGUGUGGGGGAUCAACUAUAACUGUGUUGAGUCUGGAUCUGCUCUGAGGGAGUGUGCAGCAUCAAGUUACUCUCCCUACUUCCUGAAUCUCACCUGCUCAGACUCUGUCAGGCUGCUGGGGGGGACUGCUCUGUGCUCAGGCAGACUGGAGGUGAACUCUGACCCGUCUGACCCGUCCUGGUCCUCAGUGUGUGAGGCUGACUUUGACCAGCAGGAUGCUCAGGUGGUCUGCCGGCAGCUGGGCUGUGGGGCUCCUUCAGUCCUCCAGGGGGCGCUCUAUGGAGAAGGGGAGGCUCCAAUGGGGACCAAAGAGUUCCAGUGUGGAGGCCAUGAGUCUGCUCUCCUGGACUGUAGCUCAGCCUCAGAGAGAAGCACCUGCUCACCUGGCACAGCUGUUAGCCUCACCUGCUCAGAGCCUGGUGGUGUUCAGCUGGUGGGAGGAGAGAGUCGCUGUGCAGGAGCUCUGGAGCUGGAACAUCAGGGAGAAUGGAGACCAGUGGAGGACUACUCUCUCUGGACCCUGAAGGCAGCAGGAGUCGUCUGCAGAGAGCUCGACUGUGGCUCUGCUGUUUCUGUGGGACUGAGAGUGGAGUCCUCACAGAGAGAUGUGUGGGUGAUCAGAUCUCUCUGUGUUGAGUCUGGAUCUGCUCUGAGGGAGUGUGCAGGAUCACUUUCCUCUAACUCCUUCCUGAAUCUCACCUGCUCAGAUAAGCUGUUGCAGCCCAACAUCUCUGUGUCUUCCUCCAUGUACGGGGUCUCCGGGGCCCAGCAGCAGGGGUUCCAGGUGUUCAGAGGCUCCACCUUCAGCAUCAGUUGCUCCAUCCAGCCUCAGUACCCAGGAGGCUCCUUCCUGCUCAGCUCCUCCACUCACAACUACACCCAGCCAGCUGUCAAUCACUCUGCCCACUUCCUGUUCCCGGCUGCAGAGCCCGCCCACCAGGGAAACUACAGCUGUGUUUAUCACGUCUCUGCUUCUCCUCAGGACUCCUCCUCUGAGAGCCGCCUGCUCUCCGUCACCGUCACAGGUGUUCCAUCAGAUCCAGAACCUUUUAUCAUCCGAGCCGUCGUCCUGCUGCUGACUCAGCUGCUGGUGCUGCUGGUGACCAUCGGACUUUACUUCUACUGCAAGGCCACCAGGGGGCGGAGGCUGAGCCGACAGGAGGACAUUGAGCUGGAUUAUGAUGACCUGGGUGUUCCUGCUGAAGAGGAAGGAGCUCAGGGAGCAGAGUAGCAGCUCCAAGGAGCUCCUCUCACACACACGGGUUUAUCAGCUCUUAUAGCUUUUAACCAACGUUAGAAAAUAUAGCUUUUACUCUGAACGUCACCAGCAAUGUGUUAGUGCCUCAUGUUUCCUGACUUCCUGUCAGCUCCAAGCCCAUUGGUUCCCACUGAAGAUGAAGAUCUUUAAAAAACAUCACAAGUUAGUUUUAUUUAGAAAAGUCAAUGCAGUCGGUGCAGUUUGAAAGCAGACACACCAACCCAGGCCGCUCAGGAACUAAGUCGGCCAAUUAAUGCCAUAUAUUAAUGUUCACAUAUCCUCUAGAAACAGUGUUACAAAACCCAGUGUUUGAAUCUAAUGUAGUGAUUCCUGAGAUAACAGGAGGAGCGCGUUACAGCGCCACCUAGUGUUGCAUUUGUAGACCUCGAGCACAACAAGGUUUUUUUAUAUUCAAUCAACAAAUGAGACAAAGUACAGAUUUUAAAAUGUUACGUUUUUCUCAACAAUUCAUCUGCUCAGCGAGAUAGGAUAUUUGAUCCCCUUGUGGGUCACAUGGGUCAUUUCAGCAGCAGGACCAGAUGUAGCUGAACAAUAUCCAGAUAGGAAUUGAACAAAAGUAAAUAGUCCACACACUUCUUAUUUCACAAUGCUGAUGUGUUUUUAUUGACAGAAGAAUGUUGCUUGAUUUUGGUCUGAAGAGAUUGUUUGUAUAAAAAUAGCUUUUUUAGAGAAAUCCGAUUAUAUUUGUAAUUUUGCCAAAAAGUAUAAGAUUUUAACUUUUCUUUAAUGUUCUUAUUUCACAUGUUCUGAGCUCAGUUUGUAAUCAUUUUCAAUCAUUCAGGAUUUCUCUUACGUUAUAUCAUGUUUUAUGGUAUUGUCUGUAUGUUGUAGUAAUUGAGCUGUUUUUCAGAACUCCACCUUUUGGAGAGCAUUCCCACAUUCAGAAGAUAUUAAAUACGAACAUGUUGUAAUUAAAAAUGUACUUCAUUUUGUAGAAGUUUCCUUUUUGAAAGGUCAUGUGCUUUGUUGUGUGAUCAAGAUGUGCUUGUUUUUGUAUUAUUGAGGAUUGAACUUAUUUCACAAGAUGAUCAAUAAUAUGUAAUCAUUACUUUUUGGACUUUUAUGAAACAUUUGAAUUCCUUUAGAAUUUCACUUUUUACAAAGAACUCAGAUUAUUUUUGUGAUUUAGGAUUUUCCCAAAUUCAGGAGACUAAUUAUUUCGUACUUAAAAUGUUAACAUUGUCCGUAAACAAGUGUUGUGAUUUUGGAACCGAGAAAUGUUUUUGCUUCAUAAGAAUUUUGAGUGAUUUUGUUGUUUUUUGCUUUUCUGAAGAAUUUAGCUUUCGCCUAUUAAGGUUUUUUGAUGUGGCUUUUUUUAACAAAUGUUGUAUUUGAAGAUUUGUCAUGAUUUUGCUUAAAUCUUGCAUCACAAAUUCUACUUGAUUUUAUCAUGAAGAGUUUUGACCCAUUUGGUUCCCAUGAGUUACGAUGAAGCAAAUCGUCUUGAAUUCUGAACACAGCAGAAUCCUCCAGAAACCAUGAGAUGUUCAACAUCACUGUAAUAAAUGCUGUCAUUUGCUAUGUACCAAAAAAAUAAUAAAACUUCUUUAAAAUCCAUGAAA